AUGACUUUCUUCACGCCGCAAUUCCAAAUCGUCUCCGACCUCCACCUUGAAACCCCCGUGAACAACCCACAGUACUUGAACGUCAACCUGACAGUCACCGGCAGCGCACUCUUCUUAUUAGGAGACAUAGGCCUAGUCAUCCACGAAAACCUCUUUGUCUUUUUGUGCGAUCUCCUUGACCAGAACCGCGGAUGUCGUAUCUUCUACGUCAUUGGCAACCACGAAGCGUACCACACGACUCUCGAGCAUGCCGUCGAACGAAUGCGGGAGUUCGAAAAUUUGGCGAGGCGGGAAUACGGCGGUCGUUUUCGUCUGCUGUGCCGCGAUCGGCCGCCGAGGUGGGGUCCAGGAUGA